AUGAUUACAGACGCUGUGGUGCCAACAGCAUUUGCAGAAUUCAUGAUAAGCCAAUUUGUCAGUGCUUGGAUGGGUUUGUUCCUAGAUUGCAGAAUGAAUGGCAAUUACUUAUUUGGACCAGAGGAUGUGUUAGGAGAACACCACUGGAUUGCCAAAAAGGGGAAUGAUAUUAGAAAAGGAGGCAGUGGCUGUUUGAUAUGGUUUGGAGAUCUAAUUGAUAUCCGAGAGUUCACUGGAGAUGCUGCGACUGAUAUCUAUAUUCGAAUGUCAGCUUCAGAACUAGGUCUAGAUAGGAAAAAGGAAGAAGACUUGGAUUUACCACUGUUUGAUCUGGCUAUUGUUGCAAGUGCCACUAAUAAUUUCUCUAAAGCAAAUAUGAUUGGAAAGGGUGGUUUUGGCUCUGUCUACAAGGGUAUCCUAUCAACGGGCCAAGAAAUAGCAGUGAAGAGGCUGUCAAAUAACUCAGGACAAAGGCUUCAAGAGUUCAAAAACGAAGUAAUUUUGAUUGCCAAACUACAACACCUUAAUCUUGUUAGGCUUUUGGGUUGUUGCAUUGCUGAAGAAGAAAGGAUGCUAAUCUAUGAGUACCUGCCCAACAAAAGCUUGGACUAUAUUAUUUUUUACCCAAAAAGAAACACAACACUGGCUUGGCAAAAGCGCUUUGACAUUGCCAUUGGAGUUGCACGGGUACUUCUUUACCUUCACCGAGACUCCAGAUUAAGAAUCAUUCAUAGAGAUCUCAAAACCAGCAAUAUAUUACUUGACACUGAUUUGAACCCCAAAAUUUCAGAUUUUGGCAUAGUGAGAAUUUUUGAAAGAGAUCAAACUGAAGCAAAAACAGAGCGAGUAGUUGGAACAUUUGGUUAUAUGUCCCCAGAAUACGCAUUUUAUGGCAAAUUUUCUGUGAAAUCUGACGUCUUCAGUAUGGGUGUGCUGUUGUUAGAGAUAGUGAGUGGCAGAAAAAACAGGGGAUUCCAUCAUUCAGAUCACCCCCAAAAUCUUUUGGGACAUGCAUGGCUGCUUUGGACUGAAGACAAGGCCUUGGAACUGAUGGAUCAAUGCCUUAAGGAUUCCUGUGUUGAGUCUCAAGUACUAAGAUGUAUUCAAGUGGGCUUACUAUGUGUUCAAAAAUGCUUAGCUGACAGGCCGACCAUGUCAUCUGUAGUUUUCAUGCUGGGUAAUGAGGAAGCUGUGUUACCUCAACCUAAACAGAAAAUGAAGUUACUGUAACAAGGCUUGAAGCUAGAUAAACACGCAUGUACCAUGUCAAGGUUGAAGGAGAAUAGAAUCAAGUUUGUGGGUUGAAAAGGUUGUAAUACAUGUCUACCUAAUUUCCUUUUCAAGAGGCAUCUGGGUCUGAAAGUGGUGGCUUGGCAUACAC